AUGGCAAGUGGGCUGGUCCCGGCAAUGCCAGCAGGGCUGGGAUACCUUCUCCUUCCUCCCUCAACCGUCUUCUACCCAGGGCUGGUGCUGACCACCAGCUCCAACUCAAGCAGGCGCCUCCUCUACCAGCUGCAAGGAGCUUGCGACGACCGCAACCUCCGACCUCCCUUCUCCCGCGAGCAGCUGGGAGAGGAGAGGAGGGGAAGGAGGAGCAACCAGACCCUGGGGACCCUCCUCGUCCUGUCGCAGAUCUGGGGUGAAAACUUCUACCACUGGAUGGUAGAAUGUCUCCCGCGCGUCUCCUUCCUCCCCUCCCACCUGCUUCUCUCGCCUGACCUCGUCAUCGCCGUCCCAGCUCUCAACCCCUUCGUUGUGGCAACUUUGCGGCUACUGGGGGUGGAAAAGGAGAAGCUCCUGCCUUUCGCUCACCAGCACGUGUACCAUGCCCGCGCCGUCCUCCUUCCCAGCUCGGGAGUCUGCGGGAUCGGACCUCCUCCUCGCAUCCUCCGCCGCACGUCAAGAGCUCUGCGUAAGGGACUGGACGCCAUCGAAGCAGCGAGAGAAGCAGGAGAAGCAGCAGGAGCAGGAAGGGCCUGUGUGCUUGUGCAACGAUCGGCGAAUAACGGGAGAAACAUUCUCAAUCAUGAUGAAGUUCUCCUUGCUUUGAAAAGGACGUUCAAAGAUGUCUGCGACUGGAGGGUCAUGAAGCCACUCUGGGGAGGAGACAAGGAGCUGGGCAUGCUUGCAGCAGCUUCUCUCUUCCGCCAUGCGUCGCUCAUCGUCGCUCCUCACGGCGGCUCACUCGCCAACCUCAUGUUUGCAAGCCCACACGCUUGUCUUGUUGAGAUCCUGCCAGCGUUCCGCCCUAACUUGUGCUACGAGCGCCUUUCUCGGGCCCUGGGCUUGCGCUACUUCGGGCUGGUGGUUCCCGGCAGCUUCUCGCAGCUUCCGAUGCAAGUCGACCUCCUCCUCCUUCUCCGUACAGUCGCGUCAGCCCUGGAAGGAGCGAGGUAA